AUGAUAGCAAAAUUAUGCCUGCAGCCCGCAGGGGAAUCCCUGCUAGCAGAGGACGUGCUCAAAGUCACCGUCUCUUGUGAAACGCACUUUGACGGAGCUGUCCUUUAUCCUGCCAACUGUCUUUCCCUCCCCCUCCCGUCGCUAGGAGGCGACCGCAGCAGCGUGGGCAGCACUGGAAGCAUCACCAGUGGACGGAGCUCAGGCAGUGGACAGAGCACUGGAAGCGGAGGCCAUGGGGCCCUUCACCCUGGCUCAGAAGGCGUGAAGCUGCUGGCAACUGUCCUUUCCCAGAAGGCGUCUGUGCAAGAAUCUGCUGUGAGCGACGGGCCUGCCAAGGCAGUGGAGUCACCCGCAGGUUCUUCCCGGACGCCAGGAUUGGGCAGCGCACCAUACCCCACCCAGCCAUAUGGGGAGCAGCAGGUCAAGAAGGUGGAGCCGCAGUCUGAGGGAAAGAGCUCAGAGGCCGUCUAUCAGUGGCUGUACAAGUUUCAGCUGCAACUCUACGCCUCCAACUUCAUCAACGCUGGUUAUGACAUUCCCACGAUCAGCCGGAUGACUCCCGAGGACCUGACGGCCAUUGGGGUUACCAAGCCAGGACACCGAAAGAAGAUUGCCUCUGAGAUCAACAACCUGAACAUUCCCGAAUGGCUUCCAGAAUACAAGCCAGCAAACCUGGCUCUCUGGCUCUCCAUGAUUGGUCUGGCACAGUAUUAUAAAGUCCUGGUGGAAAAUGGCUACGAGAACAUCGAUUUUAUCACCGAUAUCACUUGGGAGGAUCUGCAGGAGAUCGGCAUCAUCAAACUGGGCCACCAGAAGAAGCUGAUGCUGGCCGUGAAAAAGUUGGCAGAGAUCCAGAAAGCGGAAUAUAUCAAAUAUGAAUCUGGAACGCUGAAGAAAAAGGGUCCCCCACAGUCACAGGACACGGUGGCCAUAGAGUCUCCUCUGCAGGAAACAUCCGAAUGCCAGUCCCCCAAGAUGUCCACUUUCCAGGACAGCGAUCUGAGCAAUGAACUGCAGGUGGCCAUGACAGGCACCAGUGAAGAGGGGCCCGAGAAACAGGCCAACCAUGUGACGCACUUCCGGGAUGGAACUGUCUACCGGCACCCUUCCCGCCUCGUCCACGAGAACAGCCUGAGUGGGAGAGCUAAGCUGAUUAGUAGCUCCCAGGAGCUGCUGGGAGAUGGACCCAAAUCUCCUGGCCCUGCAGCGUCCAAAAGCCAGGAGCACCUAGUGGAAGAGGGGAAGGAGCCUCCGGGCACCCUGCCCAAGGAGGUGCGGAGCCUCCGCCAUGGCCACAGCAUCAAGAGGGCAAGCGUCCCACCAGUGCCUGGGAAACCACGGCAAUCCUUCCCUCCAGCUGCAGGCCACUACACCCCUCCACAAACUCCCACCAAGCCACGCCCGUCCUCUCCUCAGGCUUUCGGGGUGCCCCAUGCUACAGCCAAAGUUAAACCCACGCCACAGUUGCUGCCGCAGAGUGACCGACCCAUGUCCCCUCGCUCACUGCCUCAGUCCCCAACGCACCGAGGCUUUGCCUAUGUCCUGCCGCAACCUGUGGAGGGAGAGGCUCAAGCUGUGGGCCCCUUGGCUCAAGGUGUGCCAGUCCUGCCCAUCUCCAUCCCAGUGCUGUGCCUGCCACCACAGGCUGCAGAGAGUGAGGAGGAGGCAGGUCGGCCCAAGAAGAGAGCCCACAGUCUGAAUCGCUAUGCAAUGUCCGACAGCGAGCAGGAGCGGGACGAGCUGCUGGUGCCAGAUGCCGGGCCCUAUGCCACUGUGCAGCGGAGGGUUGGCCGCAGCCACUCUGUCAGGGCACAGUCGGGUGCUGACAAGAAUGUGAACCGCAGUCAGUCCUUUGCUGUGCGGCCCAAGAAGAAGGGUCCUCCGCCACCACCGCCCAAGCGCUCCAGCUCUGCCAUCUCCAGCAGCAACAUGACAGACGAUUUUAGCAAAGAGGGAGAGGAGGGAGAAGAGCUGGACCAGAGACAGCCGAGUGAAGGGGGCACCGUGGAGACAGGCAGUGCUGGGAGCGUGAAGAGCAUUGCUGCCAUGUUAGAAAUGUCAUCUAUCGGUGGAGGGGGACGGGCUCUUGCCCUGCAAAAGGGGGCUGACGGGUACUACUUGCAGCCUGGUGUGGUUGUACGCUCUGCCAGUCCGGAACAUGCCCGUGUUGCAACUGUUCUGGCCACCGUCAAGCAUAAAGAGGCCAUCGGUCCAGACGGAGAGGUGGUGAACCGCCGACGCACCAUCAGUGGCCCUGUGACUGGUCUUGUGGCAGCUGCUCGACAUGAACGCUCGGACAGCAUCAAGCCUGACACAGUCAAAGACGGCGGCCCUGUGGAACGGCUGCGGGCAGAGCACAGUGGGAGUGCCCCACAGAACGGUUCAGGAGAAAAUAUCCCCUUUGCCGAGGAGGGCAGCCUGACUAUCAAGCAGCGUCCCCGGCAGAUGAGCCUGGCCAAGGCCGAAGGCGGGGAAGGCUUCUCCCUAGGUCAUAGGCACAGCGACCUUUCCAGAGUGGAGGCCAGUGCCACUCUCAAGCGGAGGAUCCGGGCAAAGCAGUGUCAACAGGACAAUAUCAAGUUCAUCCUCACAGAAUCAGAUACGGUGAAGAGGCGGCCAAAGUCGAAAGACAAGGAGCAGGAGCUGGCCCAGCUCUCAGUGUAUCACAAUGGCAUGGGCACGGUCAAGCGCCGGCCGACCUCUGAGAUGAGUAGCCUGGAGGCUGUGGCCCCCCCAGAGCAGCAAGAGAGAGGGGGAGGGGCUUCGGUUCAGAUCCCCCGCGAAGAAACUAAGAAGCCCAUCAAGCCUCCUGUCUCUCCCAAGCCCAUCUUGCCGCCCAAAACCUCAGGGCCUUCCACACCAACCACCAAAAGAGCUCCGAUUCCGGGCCCUGGCAGCCCAGAGGUGAAACGUGUCCAUGGGACCCCACCACCCACAUCUCCAAAGCCUAUACCACCCCCAACUGCUCCAAAGCCGAAGGUCCAUCCUGUCCUCCAAUCAGUCAGUGCCAGCUGCACACCAGCACCUUCACCGGCCAAGCAGCUCACCCCCACCAUCAAGCCUUCAAGCACACCUCCUUCCCUCUGCUCCAGCCCAGCUAAGCCUUUGUCCCCUGGAGGGCAGCCUCAACAGACAGUGCCAGUCAAGCCACCUCGCUCCUCCAUGGCUGGGCCCUCAGUGGAGAGCACCGAGAGCGUGCAUCAGAAACUGGAGGAGACCAGCGCUUCUCUGGCUGCUGCUCUGCAAGCGGUGGAGGAGAAGAUCAAGCAAGAGGAUGGACAAGCAGCAGAUUCCACUGCAGAAUCCAAGAGUACCGUCAGCAUCCUGGACGACAUCGGCAGCAUGUUUGAUGAUCUUGCUGACCAGCUAGAUGCCAUGUUGGAAUGAGAGCUGGAGAACAGUCCGGGCCAACCUCAGGAUCUGCCAUGGGCACAAGGGCACAAUCACCUCCAUGAAGAUCUUCCCUCCUCCAUUUUUUGAGGUUUGCACAAAGAAGACAAGGUUACCUCAGGAUUGUGUUGAAACAAACUGAGAUGCUUGAGAAAGGCUUUCCUCGGGACCUGUUUUGCAAAGCGAAGAGAGGAACCACAUUUGGGUUUCUUCUCCCAUCCCUUCCAAACACCCGUUUGACCUUAGAGAUCACAGCCUGACUGCAGUUCUCCUCCUGCAGCGGAGUCGGAUGUCAGGGCGGCCUGGGAUGGGCAGCGCUUCCAUGGCAACGGGAGAAAGUAAGCUUCACACUUUCUUCAGCAGAGUUUUCCAGGCGAAGCUACUCCAUCCACUCCAAAGUGGAUUCCUUUCCCCUCUCUCCAGAUUCAAUCCUGAGUUGUUACUGUCCCAAUACACUAUCAAAGUAUGUGGCACAAAAUAAGUAUUAGUCUUCUCCGGUUCUUCAUGUUUUCCGUUUGGGGUGAAAAAUCUCGUCUUAGCAAUGACUAUUUUGCCUUCUGUGUUGGGUGUUUCUGGACUGCACACCGCGCUUCCUUCUAUGCCCAACUCAUGCGCCCAUCUGCCACUGCUGGAGAUGCUGGUAGAGGCAGCCAUGGAAGGAAGGCUUGGGGGAACCUGUGAGUCGGGUUGGGGGUGGGGCGGGGGAACCUUCAGCAAGCUGCAUGCUUCGUUUCUUUGUCCUGAAGGUGUUUGUCUUCUCCUGGUGAUGAUGAAGCUGUGACUGUAAGAAGUUUCGUUUUGUUAACACGUUCCCCUUUGAGAUACAAGCUCUUUUUUUCUGUUGGUUUGCCUUGGAAAGCAUCGUUCCUGGCAAAAGCUGUGCAAAAAGCUUUGGUAUGUUUGCAUGAUCGAUAAAAGUGUUGAAAUAUGAAAAGAAAAUAAAAACUUGGGUGGCGGGUGGGUGGGGUAAAAGCAUCCUGGCCAAAAUCUCCUUGUACAUAAGCCCACAGGUGGCUUCUGCGGCUGCCAAAGAUGGAUGGCAAAUCUCUCUCUCUCUCUCUCUCUCUCUCUCUCUCUUUUUAACCCCUCUCUCUUGAGGCAGUUCUGAGCACAGGGACUUGCCCUGCACUUUCUAUUGCUCUAAGGCACUUCUGUCCCAAAGAGUUCGCCACCGAUUGAACCGUUUAGCCUUCUUAACCUGCCACAACCAUUGGGAGCAUGGGUUGGAGAAGACAUCAUUGACCAGACAGUGGACAGAGAGACAAUAAACCAUCUCCAUGUUCUGGAAACCGAGGGCCAGGAUGGUUCUGUAUUCUGGGUGAGGUUUAAUGGAAGAGAGGCGUUGUCUCUUGGUAUUACACCUGCCGUUUCGAAAGUGCCAAUUGAAGGAGGUUCAGCCGAGGUUGAAUGGAUUGUAACCAUUGGCUAGAAAUGUCUUGUGCUUCUGGCUCAUGGCUGACACUUGAGCCGCAGCUCUUGCCCUGAUUGAUCCUGCGAGGGAUCUGCCAGCAAUCAGUUAGGAAAGGGCUUCUUUGAGAGGAGGAAUCCUACCGAGUGUAGCACUGUUCUUUCUUUCCAGAAAGGGGCAUCUCCCUUCUCCAUCUUCUGGAUAGGUUGGGCAGCUUUUCGUGACUUCCCAGGCAGUGAAAGCACCACCACUUGGUAUCAUGGCCAAUUCAUUUUCUAUCUUCAUCCGCCUUGAGGCUUCGUAGAAUGAGGAAACAUCCUAGUGACGGAAGAACAGAGCCUUCUGUCAGUUUGGAGCUGUCUGCUGUCCUCAGGUUUCCUUUGGUUUAUUCCACUUGCGAAUUGGAAGGGUCUUGAUAAGGAAAUAGGGGAGACCCUCAACUGCAAGAGGAAUGCUUGAAUGCUUGCAGUUAGGGACGCACUCUGUCUGGCUCCCACUUCUGGCAGAUGAGCUUCUCGGGAUCUCCUGGCUUCGUCAAGUCGCAUGGGAAGGCUCAGAUCGCCCUCCGGCCAUGUUCUCAGUGAGCUGCUCCACAUCAGCUUCCCUUGGUCUUCCUUCUUGUGGAAUUUAUAAAAUGUCCUGAAGGGUUUUUUUUUGGGUUGCGUUGCGAUGGCAAGAAACAGCAUUUAACGAGGAAAGGUAAGUCAUCUUACUUGAACAAUUUGCUGGGCUCUCUAAACCUUGUGCCCACAGGAGCAUCCUCUGUUUUUAAGGCUUUGGGGCAAGUGUCCAAGACACAUUGUCCUUUGUCCAAGGUCAGUGGGAGCAUUCUUAACCCUUUGACUGCUAUUUCCAAAUGACUCCUUUGCCUACAAAGCUCCAUCAAAGGAAAUUCCCCCAAGUACUCAGAAGGAAUUUUGCCAGUGCCUACUUAUUUUUGACUCUUAGAAUGCGUUUCCUAAUCUUUAGCCUAAACUGGCUUUUAAAUGUUUUCAGCUGGUUGUAUUUCUCUCCCUCGUGCUGUUUUUGUACUUCAGAAUAACUGUAGUCAUAUUUCAUAAGUUAUGCCUCUGAGACCAGAAUCAUCACUCGAAUCAUUGUCCUUUCCCAUGGAUGAAAGUACCGAGGUGCUAGCUAGCUUAAGGCUCUUUUCCCUGAACGUCUUAUCUUCUGGGAAUGGAGAGUUUACGGGGCGACAAUCUCCAGCUGGGAAUCAAUGGAGCUUCUUUGGAGGAUGAGAGGGGAAAUGCCACGGCCUCCUCUCUUCGCACUCCUGCCGUCUGAUUUGCAGGGCAUCCAUUUUGAUCAUCGGAUUGGAGCCCUCACCUUUCCCCUCUCCUUCUUCUUACCUGGUGUAGAUCUCAGCACUCCCUUGCUGCUGCGUUCUCGGUUCCCUGCACAUUUCACUCCGCUGUGUUUUGGUUUUGCUUUAUCAAGUCACCUGGCAAUAAAGGAAAACAAAAAGCAAGAGCUACCAUGCUCAGUGAGAACUUGGGAGCUUUGUCUUGCAGACUCUCCUCAAACAACAUGGUGUGGCUCAAACAACAUGGUGUGGGUGGGGUUCUUGAGCAGGUGGCAUCUCACCCUCUUAUGGCUGUUUUCAGCCAUGCGGAAAAAUACCAGCGAUAGGAACACCACUUGCGCAUGGGGCUACCACAACUUCAUCUUCUCUUAGAAAAUCAGUUUCGUCUUCUUGACUGGCAGCCCAAGCUCCAAAAUGGGACCCGUCCUUCGCUUAUGUGAUCAUUGACAUGCUGGGUUCCUUCCUCUUCAUCUAUUCUUCCCGUCUCUCCAUCUGGCAAAAGACUCCAGAAUAAAGCAGCCCAAAGCAACGGAGGCAAUCUCCCUUCGGCUUGCUACACUCCCCACUCAUGGAUUUCAACCCAUGGGCUUGGAGUAAGAUCUCAGGAGAACUCUUCGUCAUCUUCUGGUAGAGCUACCUUUUUUUGAGAGACGUCAUGAAGCUUUUUCCACCUUAAAAGAGUAGUGUUGAGAUGUGGUGCCGUUUCUUUUAUUAUUUCACUGGUAGAGCUCUCCUCCUGAGACAGCCGUGGAAGGAAUGUUCUUAUGUGUGCAGAGACUGACAUAGCUUUUCCUUUGGAAGGUAAUGAAAGGGAUGAAGAAAAAAAAAGCUAUAUAAAAAAAGUAUUUAUUGGAAAAAUAAACUAUUUAAGUGGAGUUUCCCCCAGAGAUAAAUAACAAAAGAAGGAAAGGAGUUUAAUAUAUAUUAAAAAAAGAUUUUAAAAUAUUAUCAAUUGUAUAUUGAACAGUUUUAAAAUAUAAGAUUGAAAGAACUGGAGUUUAGCUUGACUAUUAGACUUAUAAUAAGCUGUUUGUCUUGUGAGGUCAUUUUAAAAAAAGUAGCACAAUGUUUAAAAAGGUAGUUUAUCUUUUUCUUUUUUCAAAGCGUGCAAAACAUUAUGUUAUAUGGAUUUUUUUUGCCAUUUUUUUUUUACAGUUUUAUUGAAAAUCAAAGGAUGUGCCUUGUUUUAAGAAGUUUUGUUUACUCCUACCUGAAAAGUGUGCAUUCUUUUGUGUCUUUUUUAAGUUAUCGGAUGUACAUUUAUAUGCGCCUGUGUAUGUUUGUGAGUGUGUGUUGAAGUGCAUGCGUGUGGAAAUCACUAACAUAUGCCCAGCUCUAUAUUAAUAUACAAAUGGGAGUCAAGUCCAGUUAAACUACGGCUAUUAAGCCUGAAACACCCUAUCUAGUUUUCUUGAGCUGCAGUUAUUGAGAGCUAGAAAUGCUGUGUGAAUGCUGAUCCUGUUACUUUUCUUGACUAUGGAUAGUCUUUCCUGAUAUCCAAAAUGUGUCUGGCACAACUUUGAAAUUUCUUAAUUAAAAAUAAAAAUAAAAAGGCAACAUAACAAUUGUUGUUGUAAAAAGAAA